AUGUCUGGAUCUAGUAGAGACAGAGAUACUGGUCGGAAAUGGGAAUCUGGUGCUUCCAAAAGAAAGAGAAUAGCUGAAAUGAUGCAAGUGAACCAAGCUAUGAGUACUAGUAUGAUGAAAUUUCUAAACAAAACCAGUACAUCAACAACUACAGACUUAGACGAACCUAAUGCCAAAAUGGAUUUAAAUGAAGGAAAUUUAUCCAAUAAAAUUUCAAAAUACAAUGAAGAAUUGACCAAAGAAGUUGAAAUUAAGUCUGAUCUUGAAACUUCUCCGCCAAUAAAUACUUUUGAAAAUAAAGAAAUUACUCUUUAUGUUAACUCUAAUAUAAAUAAUAUUUGCGAUUUAGAGAUGCACAAACAAGAAAUUGUUUUAAGUGAACCACUAAUGAGUUUAGACCCAGGGAAAUGGGUGUUUCCGUUAUCAGGUUCACAGCGUCACGAUUUAGUUCAAAAUGGUCCUCAACAGAUGCUAGAUAUUUGCGAUGAAAAUUAUCCUUUAAACAAUAAUAAGAGACAUUUUUCUAACUUCCACUAUACAAGAAAAUUAAGUAAUGGCGAAACUCAACAUCGCAGAUGGCUAGUUUAUUCUCAAUCUCAAGAUAAAAUAUAUUGUUUUCCGUGUACAGUUUUUUCUAAUUUACAAACACAAAUGAUUCGUGAAGGAUGUUGUGACUGGAAACAUCUAAGUACAAUUUUGCAAAGACACGAAAAGAGCCAAGAGCACAUGGUGUGCAUGAUUAAAUGGGUAGAAUUUGACAAACGAAUUAAACUCGGGAAAUCAAUAGAUCAAGAAAAUGAAAAACGGAUUCGUGAAUCACAAAAGCAUUGGUACAAUUUGUUUGAAAAAUUAAUUAAUGUAAUAAAUUUCUUAGCCUCACAUAAUCUAUCAUUUAGAGGUCAUCGAGAAUCAAUGAAGUUAGAUGAUAGCAAUAACUCUGGAAACUUUAUUGAUUUAUUAAAAUUAUUGUCCAAAUAUGAUCAUUCAUUACAGAACCAUUUUCAACUAAUUAAUGAAAAACAACUGGCACAACAUUAUUUGAAGAUUAUUAAUAAAGUAAAACUAGUGAAAUAUUAUGCUUUCAUGCUCGACUGCACUAGAGACAUAAGUCGCGUUGAACAGAUGUCCAUUAUUUUAAGAUUUUGUAAUACGUCAACCGGUGAUAUAGAAGAACAUUUUAUUGGAUUUAUUGCUGUUGAUUCCACAACAGGGGAACAUUUAACAAACAUUAUUCUACACAAGCUAAAAAGUAAUGGUUUAGAUAUUCAAGACUGUCGUGGACAAGGUUUUGAUAAUGGCGCGAAUAUGGUAGGAAUAAACAAGGGUGUUAAAACACGAAUAUUAAAUAUUAAUCCUAAAGCAUUCUUUGCACCUUGUGGUUGUCACAGCUGGAAUUUGAUUUUAGUAGAUGCUGCUAAGUCUUCCAUUACAGCUAAAACAUUUUUUGGCUUUAUUCAAAAAAUUUAUUUGCUCUUUUCAAAAUCUAGUAAACGAUGGGAUCUUAUUAAAGAUAAAUUAAAACUAACAUUAAAGUCUUUAUCUGAAACAAGGUGGGAAAGUAGAAUUGCUGCAGUCAAAGUAAUAUUAUUUCAAUUUGACGAUAUCAUUGAUUGUAUAAAUAUACUUAAAAUGCAAAUAGUAGACGCAGAAACUCUAUGUGAUUGUGAAGCCAUUUUAAAAGAAAUGUUAACAUUUGAAUUUAUUGUUUCAAUACAUGUGUGGUAUGAAAUUUUACUUCGUGUAAAUAAUAUAAGUAAAAUCUGGCAAUCAGUUCAAGUUAAUUUAAAAAUGGYUGUUSAUUCUUUAAAUAAUUUUUGCAAUUGGAUUCAAGAAUAUCGUGAUAUAGGAUUCAAUAAAAGUAUUAUAGAAUCUCGCCAGUUCAUAGAAAAAAGUAGUUAUGAAAUAGAAUUAAAUUUUAAAAACAAGAGAAUAGCAAAGAAGAAAAAAAUGUUUAGUUAUGAACACACUGAUGAACCUAAAGGUAUAUAUAGAGAAUGGUGA